AUGGAUCCCAAAGGCAUCUAUGCGCGGAGUUUUGAUGAAUCUCUGAUCCGGGAGCUCCCUCACCUCCGUAUCGCUCCUCUCCGUGAGCCGGUACCCUCCCGAAGCCUCAGGACCCCGUCAACCCUCGAACCGAACGCCAGUGGGUCUCGGGAGUCAAAUGCCCUGUCGAAAGCGGGAGUCCCUCCUCCCCGCAAUCAUGAACCUAGUGGUCCAGUCUUGGAAGGCCACAACGCCUCUCGACUGAAGAAGAACGACUAUUUCUCUGAUUCGCUUUCGGAACCUCCUCCCCCACGACCUAUAUUGCCGGCUUUUGUCAACCUGCGUGCGCUUGAGCGGUUCCCCUAUUCCUCAUUUGACGAUGACGGCGUUCAUUCUCGGAAACGGCGGCGGGUUGAUAUACAGUCGGAUACGUUUGGAGAGCAUUUGCAACUACCAUUCCCACAAGCUCAAAAGGAACAACGUCCUCCACCUUUCGGACCGUUUGCUAUCCUUAAUGGGUUGAAUGAACCUCCGCCUAACGCUGCUUUGCUUCCGCCUAUUGAACCUGGAUCGAUUACGCAACUUUUAACGAAGCCGUCUCGCGAUAGUACUGUUGUUGAACCAGCGCCUCUAGCUGCUGGUUCUGUUCCGGAUACUCAAUCAGUGGAAAGAGUGGAAGGAAGAAUCGCAGAUAUUCUGGACUCUCCCAUCGCUGAGAAGCCCAAUUUUAGCCUCGACACCGCCAACGAAAAGUCCGAGUCUGCAUUCGGCUCUGGAACUCUUGAAAAGGAGUCAGAGGGAGCUCAUGAGCCAAUCUCGCCAAAGACGAGAGGUCGCUCACGAAAGAAUCUUCGGAAGUGGACCGAUGAAGAGACUAUAUCUUUGCUCAGGGGCGUGGUAAAGUGUGGUAUUGGGAAUUGGAAAGAAAUACUGGCGCAGCCAGAGUUGAAUUUCAACAAGCGCAGUGCGUCAAAUUUGAAAGACAGGUUUCGCGUCUGCUGUCCAUGGGCGUAUAGGGCGUCGGAUCCCGAAGAAGCUCUAUCGCACCUGCGCGAUGCUCUCGCCAAAGCAAUCUCCAAAGCCGAGAGCGACACAUCCGGGAAGCUUUUUUCCAAGUCCCAACAACAUUCCGCCGACUCUGGAGCCCCGCUACUACUUACGGGAACUCCAGAUCUUACGCCAAGUGGGUCUAUGGCCAGUUUCUCUUCGAUCGAGACCAGCCGAAGCAGCGGAGAGCAUAAUCUGCCCGAAAAUUGUAAACCAACACUUUUCAAUCCAUCAGAAUCCACGUCAGGAAUACCUGAACAGCCUGUGAAAUGUAGGCGCCGUGUCCGGCGCCCUUUCACGGCGGCUGAGGAUGAAGCAUUACUCAAAGGGUAUGCCGUUCAUGGGUUCCAGUGGACCCUUAUUCAGCAAGACAAACGGUUGAACCUCGGCCAUCGACGGGCGACCGAUCUGCGAGAUCGGUUCAGGACCAAGUUUCCUCAUGCAUAUCGCGAUGGAGGCUCUGUUAGCGGUGGAACACUUCUAGCCCAGAUGGCUAAAGAUUAUUCCAUAAAGGAUGGAAAGAAUGGUUCGCCCGAGGGCGAACAGCGUCUUUCAGAAUAUAAACGGACUAGAAAUCUCGGCAAGCCCAAUGGACCGAAUGGGCUGGGGACAUUGGAUGCGGCUAUGCCAUCGCUAGUAUUCCCCCUAGCUACCCGAGAGAGCUCGGCAUAUGUCCCAUCGGCCGGCUUCUCUUUUCCUCUGGAUGACAACUCUACAAUCCCUGUCAAUGUAGACCUCCCGCCGCUGAUCUGGGAUGACAUUCCCUGA